AUGGCGGCAAGCGCGAGGGCGCAGAAACCCGUCGGCUCAGCGCCAUGGAUUGCAGCAGAGAAGGAAAACAUGGCCGAGCUAGUGGAACAAGAAAUGGAAGAAGUGGAAUACCCUGUUCGACACGAAAUGGACUGGUUAAAUGAACAUAUGACCGAAAUCUUCUCCAAGGGCCAGACGAACUUCGCAGAUGUGUUCAAAACUCCCGGAAAGAUGAGAGGCAAAACGCCCCGAACCGCUCGGAAGCGUAUCCCCGAAGAGUCUCGAGUGCCCUUGAGCGAAAUAUUCUCAUCCGCCCAGAAACAACUGGAAAACCAAGCAAGCCCGAGCCCAUUCAUUCAUCGUGUUGUUUCUAAGCCAGCUCCCGUGGCGGCAUCGCCUGUGCCCCGCACCAACGCUGUGAUAGAGCAAGCUUCGCAACCCGAAUACCCCGAUCUCACCCAAAAUCUGAACUCGUUCCCCACAUACAACACUGACUCUGGUUACCAUGGCAUGCCCGAUGAUGAUGAAAUGGUAUUCCCUGACGUGCAACAAGAAUCACAGGCUUCGACUCAGCCUUCUACCCAACCUUUGGAACAAGACGAGCCCAUGAAUCAGGAUACUCAAGAGGUCGACAUCUCGGUUAGUCAACAGACGAACGAAGAAUCCUUCCACUCCGCGCGUGAAGAGGUUCGCUCCCGCGGGCAGACUGUCGAGCCGAACAACAACCCAACCCCAACCCAGGAGCGAACAGCGCUUCCGGCCGAAUCGGUCCCCAAAGAAUCUGAGACCGAGAUCAUGUCGACACCGACUAAGAAAACAAAGCCCGAGUUGAAUAUCGAAAUCUUGGAAACACAACAGAAUGAGGAACCUGAAACAAACGAGAGUGAUGCGGUCGUUUCAAAACCUGAGCCAACUCCAGAAAAGGUCCCGGUGGCCCCGGUAGCUCCACCUAUCGAGACGCAAGAGUAUCACUCAGAAGACGAGGAUAUGGAAGAUGCUAUGAAAGACGACACAGUUCUCGACAAUCUUGAUGACAUCGGCUCUCCUUCGGAUGGUUCUACUCCAGAUCGACCAUUCGCUCGGAAAAGCAGCCUAAGCUUUGCCACCCUCCCUGCGCGGGAACCUUUGAAGACUCGAACAAGCCAUAUUGAUCUGGCGAAGAUGAGUACUGCUGGGCGUCCCAGUUACUUUGGCAGACAGACAGGCGGCCACAGGAUUCCGCAAGCUGCGGCAGAGGAGAAUGCCGGUCCCAGGGCGUUGGACAUUGAUAACGAGAAAGAAUCAAACGAAGAAGCGGAUCCUGAGCAGGCUACCAGGAUGCACAGCAAAAAGUCUACGCAGUCCUUGCAUGAUAGAAUCAGCAUGCUAGGCAAAGUCCAGCCAUCCCGACCCAGAAAGUCGAUCCCAUCUGCUUCUGGCCUGCCGGGUGGUCAGGUUGCCUACCCAGAUCUUGCAGCUUCCAAGGCUGAAGCAAAGUCUGAAGCUUCAAACGAAAGGGCACAGGAGGCUCCAGAGCCCAUGUCGGUCGACGAUGACUGGAUCAAACCUUUGAGUUCUCCCCAAAAACCCGAGCUUUACAAGAGCAAGACCGCAGAUGUCAUGGAGAAGCUUGCUGAAUUCGAAAAGGCGCGAGCAGUCAACCAAAAAGAUACAUCGAAAACAGAGCCCGAACGUCCCAAAUCAUCUACCUCGAUGUUCUCCUCGCCCCGACCGCAGGGUCACCAACCAAGCGCUUCUUUGACUCAUAUUGCUGCUGAUGCGUCUACUACUCCAACAGGCUCGCCAAGGCGCUUUGAUGGUCACAUUAGUGCUUCCAAGUUGAAACUGCACUCGAUUAUGAAAUCUGCCAAGGGCUUAUUCUCAAGCACUGGAAACACACCGCGAAUGGAGCACUCAUCGCCUGACCAGGCGCGCAUUCAGCCAAUUGCUGACACAUUCACUAAAAAUGCCAAACAUCUAUCUCAGCCUGUCCCUAUCACCAGUCCUCAACGUCCGGAAGGCCGCCGAACACGAAGCUCAACCGAGAAAGAAGAGAAACGGCGCCAGCACGAGCGGAAAGAGCAGGAACGUGAGGAUCAAGAAGAAGAAGCUCGCGUUGAGAGAGCUCGGGAACAAGAAAAGCAAAGAGCCCUUCAGCUCAAAGCCGCUCGGGACAACUCAUCAGUCGAGCCAGAAGAGAGGGCAGGCCCAGCAGUACACAAGACCUCUCAGUCACAGCGCCAACAAUCGCGCGAACCUGAAUCAGCUCAGGAGCCCAACUCCAGAUUUGCCAUCCCCCAACCCAAGCAAAAUGACCGCCGUCCUCUCAAACCCACCCGCGAGCCCAUGAAACGCCCAACGCCGCAACCCAUGUCAAUUCGUGUUGGAAGCACCAUGUCUCGUCAACAAAUCCCUGUCGCAUCGUCUUCGGGUGCACGGGAGUCGAGUGUGUCCAUAGCCGCCCCUCCCCCGGUCUCGAAACCAACUUUGAAAAAGAAGGGCAGCAAUACAUCCUUACAUACAUCAUCUUCUGCAAGCAGCUUCAAGAGCUCUGUCUCCAGUCUGACGCAGGCCCAGCGCAAGGCCCAGGCCGCCAGCGACCGCAAGAAGGAGCAAGAACGCGAGGCACGUCGGAAGGAGGAACAAAAGCGUGAGCUAGAACGCAAACGUGCUGCCCAACUGCAGCAGCAACAACAGGAAGAGGCCCGUCGGCAGGAGAUGAGGAGUCGUGCCGAAGCUGAACGGGAGCGACAAGCUGAACGGGAGCGACAAGCCGAAAGAGAGCGACAGGCUGAAAGAGAACGCCAGGCCGAACGAGAACGCCAGGCCGAACGAGAGCGCCGCGAACGGGAAAGGUCGGCCCAGGAAGACCCAAACAAAGCAGCCCGUAUGGAGGCGAUCAAGAAGCGACAAGCAGAGAAUGCUCGGAAACAUGGGAGACAAGGCAGCCAGCAGAUAGUCAACGAUGGACCAAUUCUACAACACGAGCAGUCGUAUUCUCAGUCUUCCCAGCGAAGUGACUUGGGUGCUGCCCGCCCUCCUUCUCGCUUGGGUAGCUCAAUUCAGCCGUUUGGUGGCCGCAGCAUCAACCCACCACCACCUAAUCCUGCCAAACCGCCAAAGAGAGGCAAUGAUGAAACCAGCCACCGGCCUGCGCCGUCUAACCCCACUAACGUACAAUCAACUGGCGAGUUCAAACGGCGAAAGACAGAAGAUGAGCAUAACCCUAUGCCACCUGUGCGCACCAUGGCGCAGCCUAUCCGUCAAUCAAGUAUCAGAAAGCCUUCUACUCUUGGCCGUGGACAGUCUUCCAUGGCACCCCAGUCAGCCUCUUCCAGCUACAGAAAUGCUCAACCUCAGCGACCCGCUCACCCAAUAAUCACGUACACAAACGGCAAGAUACCGUUUGCCGAACCAAAUCAAGCACCUCCACCAAGUGCACACAAGGCUGCACCCAGCUCCGCCCAGCGACCACCAGCCAAGCCAUCUCCCAAGUACCCCAAUGGUGAAAAUAUCCACUUGCCGGAAAUCAACACUGAUAGUGAAGAUGAUGACGAUUCCGACUCCGAGAUGUUCCCUGUUCCCAAGUGGGCACAGGCGAAGGAACUGGAAGGUCUUCUCCGGCAGCAGGAUGGUAUGGAAGUUGACUCAAUCUUCGGCCCAAUUGCACCAUUCUCUCUUGAAGACACCUUCAAGGCGGAUAAGAAGAUCAAAAAAUACCGUGACCGCACCAGCAGUGCGAACUGGUCUGGACCCGAUGGACUUACUCAAGAGGAGAUUCGGAAGGAUGUUGCCGAGCGACAGCGGUUGCGACUCAAUGGUGGUUGGAGCUUCAACAGCUAG